AUGCAUGCAAAGGAGUUGAAGAAAGAUGAAGAGGUACUAGAGGUGUCGAGGACCCGCAUAAACGAACGAUUUUUGCUGUUCAAGAUAGAUUUGUUCGUCUUGUCAUUUGUCUGCCUGCAAUAUUGGAUAAACUAUGUCGACCGUGUAGGAUUUGUGAAUGCAUACGUGUCCGGUAUGCAGCAUGACUUGUCACUAAAAGGUGACGAUUUCAAUUUAAUCAAUACCUGCUUUACAGUUGGAUACGUUAUAGGCAUGAUUCCCAACAAUCUGAUACUUUUGGUCAUCCAGCCUCGAAUCUGGCUAAGCUUUUGUACUCUUGCGUGGGGAAUACUAACCCUGUCGAUGUAUAAGGUAACAACGUUUCAGCAGUGCUGUGCCAUCAGAUUCUUCCAGGCUGUGUUUGAAAGUUGUACCUUUUCAGGUACACAUUUAAUACUCGGCUCUUGGUAUAAGGAAAACGAGCUCACCAUUAGGAGCGCGAUAUUCACCAGCAGUGGAUUAAUAGGUUCUCUUUUCAGCGGAUUCAUGCAGGUUAGCAUAUAUAACUCCCUCAAUGGGCGUAGAGGGUUGGCUGGCUGGAGAUGGCUAUUUAUCAUUGACUUCUUAAUUACUGUUCCGAUUGCAAUCUACGGAUUCCUAUGCUUUCCUACUACACCUGAUCAUGAGGGCAAGGGUGGUGCGAGCUCCUACAUAUUUUCCAAAGAAGAGCUUCAAUACGCGCGCAGAAGGUUGCCGACAAGAAAUGAAAGCACGAAGCUGGACUGGUCUGUUUUCAAAAGAGUUCUCGGGAGAUGGCAUUGGUGGUUGUUUAGCUUUGUGUGGGUACUUGGUGGUGAAAACAUCUCAUUCGCCUCGAACUCAACAUUUGCCUUAUGGCUAAAUGAUCAAAAGUACACUUUGUCCCAGAAAAAUCAUUACCCCAUGGGCAUUUUUGCAGUAGGAGUAGUUGCUUCAUGUGGUGCUGCAUUUUACCUCGACAAAAUCCGUGGCGGAAGGCAUUGGCAUGUUGCUGUAGUAAUAGCCGUUGUAAUGUGCACUGUCGCUGUAAUGAUUCGUGCCGCACCCCUAAACCCGAAAGUUAUGUUCGCCGCCCAGUAUCUUGGAGGAGUGUGUUACGCGGGCCAAGCUGUCUUCUUUGCAUGGGCGAAUAUUGUCUGUCAUGACGAUUUACAAGAGCGUGCCAUUGUUUUGGCAUCUAUGAAUAUGUUUUCAGGCGCUGUAAACGCCUGGUGGUCAAUAAUAUUUUACUCUGCAACUACCGUACCGUAUUUUACGAAGGGUUGCUAUGCUCUCAUAGCCACUUCUAUUGCCAGCGCCAUUGUAUCUGUGCUCAUACGGAUGCUACAAGUGCGAGAAAUCAAAUUCAAGCUACAGAAUGUGUCUCGGAACCUUAACUUCGUCUCAGUAAAUGAGUAG